AGACCAUUGUUAUGGUCUAUUGCUUACACGUUUUCACCAAAUGGCCUCGAAUUUCAACGUACAGUAACUUAUUUGAUAUGAUAAACUCAAACGCUUUGCUAGAGAAUUAAAUUUUUUGUUGGAAUAUAUUAAUUAUUAGUUCCUUGCCCUGAUAUAAAAUAGGCCACCAAUAUAGAUUCAAAAAAGAAGAACUGAAUAGAAUCAACAUUAACAGAAAAAAAGAAUAUUAGCUUAACCUUAAUUUCGGUGAUUUUAAAUGUCAAAAUAAGAUUUCUAAAAUAAAAACAAAAAGUCAUCAAAUGAUAUGUUAUUAUUUUGUUCCUCACCAUAAAUCUAAUAUUUUUUUUCAAUUAUGGCUUUUAGUAGUUUUCAUUGAAUAGAAAAAAUGUUUCCAAGGUAUCAAAACGUCUUGAAAAAUAGGUCUUCCGGGAUCUAUCGUUAUAUGUAUGAUGGAUCCGCCGCAACGGAUAUAGUAAAUUUCCCAAAAGAUGCCAGGGUAGUAAUUUGUGGGGGUGGUGUUAUGGGAGCUUCUGUAGCUUAUCAUUUAGCAAAACUCGGAUGGGGUAAAGAGACUGUGGUAAUAGAACAAAGUAGAAUUGGAGGUGGAACAACUUGGCACUCUUCAGGGUUAAUUGGUGUUUUUAAACCAAGUUUAGUACAAGUGGAGCUAACUAAAUCCAGUGUAGCUUUAUAUAAAGAACUGGAAAGUAAAGGACUUUCUACUGGAUGGAAACAAUCUGGAAGUUUAAACGUAGCAAGAACUAGAGAUAGAAUGACCGUUUUUAGAAGAAUGAAAGCACAAUCAGUCUCUUGGCAAAUUGAUUGUGAAUUAUUAACACCUGAUCAGUGCAAAGAUAAAUGGCCCCUAUUGAAUACUGAUGAUAUUCUUGGUGGUCUCUGGAUUCCUGGAGAUGGUGUGGGUGACCCAUAUGAAACAUGCCUGUCUAUUAUGACAGAAGCAAAAGGACUGGGUGUUAAAGUUUUUGAAAACUGCGGUGUAAAGAAAAUUAAACAGAUAAAUCACAGAGUGAGUGGUGUAGAAACAGAUUUUGGAAAUAUAAACUGUGAAUAUUUUGUGAAUUGUGCAGGGUUUUGGGCAAGGGGUGUGGGACAGCUAUCAGAACCAUAUGUGAAAGUUCCUCUUCAUGCUGUUGAACAUUACUAUCUUCAUACUAAGCCUAUACCUGCUUUGGAUCCCAUGCUACCAGUGUUAAGGGAUCAGGACGGUCACAUUUAUAUAAGAGAAAAUAAAGGACGAUUAUUAGCUGGUGGUUUUGAACCUUUAGCAAAGCCAGCGUAUGAAGAUGGAAAAAUCCCCGCUAGCAGCAAAGAAAGAAAAUUGCCUGAAGAUUGGGAUCACUUUCACGUAUUACUCGAACAACUCCUUCAUAGAGUACCCUACUUAGGCACCGUGGUUCUAGAUAAACUUUGUAAUGGACCAGAAGCUUUCAGUCCAGAUUGUAAGUGGAUAGUAGGAGAAGCUCCUGAAAUAAGAAAUUAUUUGAUUGCUGCUGGUAUGAAAACUGUGGGAAUCGCAGCAGCUGGUGGAGUCGGAAAAGCAACGGCAGAAAUAAUUGUAAACGGAGAUACCGAAUUUGAUAUGUACGAGCUGGAAGUUUCCAGAUUUCUAGGAUUACAUAAUAACAGAAAAUUUCUAAGAGAUAGAGUCAAAGAAGUGCCUGGGUUGCAUUACGGACUUAUAUAUCCCUUUCAUGAAUUUCAAACAGGUAGAAAUCUCAGGAUGUCUCCUGUUUAUCCCAAAUUACGAGAAGCUGGAGCUGUUUUCGGGCAAGUUAUGGGCUAUGAAAGACCCAGUUGGUUUGACCCACAGCAAGUGGGAGUGGAAGAUGCUCAAGAUUGGUCCACUCCUUAUAGAAUGGCAUAUACAAAUACUUUUGGUAAACCUCCAUGGUUUGAAUUUGUAGCAAAAGAAUAUCAAGCUUGUCGAGAAAGAGUUGGUAUUAGUGAUUAUUCAUCAUUCACUAAAAUCGACCUCUGGUCCAAGGGUGGCGAGGUGGUUGACGCUUUACAAUAUAUUUGCUCAAAUGACGUAGACAUACCAGUAGGCAGUAUCAUUCACACUGGAAUGCAGAAUAGAUACGGUGGUUAUGAAAAUGACUGUUCUUUGGCCCGAAUUUCAGAAAAUCAUUAUAUGAUGAUUGCUCCUACAAUCCAACAAACUAGAUGCAAAGUAUGGCUUCAGAAGCAUCUUCCGCCGACUGUUACGAUGUCCGAUGUAACGAGUAUGUUUACGGCGUUAUGUAUAAUGGGACCAUUUACCAGACAACUUCUCUCUGAAUUGACUGAUACAGACCUGAGUCCCAAAAACUUUCCAUUUUUCACAUUCAAGAUGUUAGAUGUUGGAUUGGCAAAUGGAAUCAGAACUAUGAACUUAACUCAUACAGGAGAAUUGGGAUAUGUACUUUACAUACCAAACGAAUUCGCCUUACAUGUAUAUACAAGUCUGAUACAAGCUGGAGAAAAGUAUGGUAUUACACAAGCUGGAUAUUAUGCAACAAGAGCGCUUCGAGUUGAAAAAUUCUAUGCGUUCUGGGGACAAGAUCUUGAUACCACUACUACUCCAUUAGAAUGUGGUCGAGUUUGGAGAGUCAAAUUCGAUAAAAAGGUGGAUUUUAUUGGUAGAGAUGCUUUACUAAAACAACGAAAGGAAGGAGUCAAAAGAAUGUACCUACAACUUAUUUUAGAAGACCAUGAUGCAGAAACUGACCUUUGGCCUUGGGGAGGUGAACCAAUUUAUAGAAAUGGUAAACAUGUUGGAUUAACUACGACAACUGGUUAUGGAUUUACUUUCAAAAAACAGAUCUGUCUUGGUUUUGUUGAAAACUACGACGAAAAUGGAAUACGGAAAACCAUUAAUAAUGAUUAUAUUACUAGCGGAGAUUUCGAAGUUGAUAUUGCUGGAAUCAGGUACCAUGCCAAAGCUAAUCUUCAUUCACCGAUUCUUCCAACUAAGCACCCAGACCAAGAGCGAGAUGCUUAUCAAGCUACAAGAGGAAAAGGUCAAGAAGAUGCUGCUCCUCAAAUUGUAAAAUCUGUAUGAAAAAUAACUGAAGCGACAAUUUAACAACUAAGAAAAAAUUGUGAAAUAUUUAUGAAUGUACGAAAUAUGAUGUAGUAAAUAUAUCAUUUGUUUCAAACUUCAAAGAUAUGUUUGAAAAUUUGUAGUUAAAACUAUAAAAUUCAUUAAUUUACCAAUUUCAAGUAUAAUUUAUAUUCGUGUAUAUACAAUUUUAGUAGUUUGUACCCAAAACAUGGUAGAUGAAAAGGAGCAGAAAAAAAUACAAGCACUUAAAAUUGUUUCUUCGCUCCCACAAGGGCGAAUUUGAAAAUGCUUUUUAUUCAUAAAAAUUAUUAAGUCUUAAAUUUAUCAAAAGAGAAGUAAUAAAAAAUUUCUUGUGGAUAACUUAGAGACAGCGUAGGUAAAUUUAUUUGUUUGCAAAUAGAUAUUUAUGAACGGUUACUUUUGAAUUUAUUUCAAAUAAUUAGUGCAAUAAUUAAAUAUGAAGAAUCGUAUUUGAUUUAUCACUUGAGUGCCAACCUGUAGCACGUUCUUUAUCAUCCUAGUUUUGGGUCACUGUUAGCAGUAAAGAACAACGAAUUAUAAAUAUAUUUAUUUGUUUGUUUUUAUUGUACAUCUUUCGAUUUUUUGUUAAAACUUUUUAGACUUCUAAUACAAAAUAAAAUAUAUCAUACGUU